UUGAAACGGACGCUUUGUGCACAGGUGUAAUGAGUGUUUCAUCUGCUGUGUCUGAACAGUAGUGGUUUGUUGGUGGAGAUGGAGGAUGUGGCAGCACUGGGCGGUUUCCAGGAGCGGGUGAAGUCUUUGCUCAGGUCGCUGCUGGAGGUUUUGUGUGAUGAAAUCACAGAGGCGUUCAGAGAGAGUUUAACACACAACAUAUGCACGAAACACUGUGAGGAGUGCACCCGUAAUAAUUCAUCUGGAAUUAAUAGCAAUAAGGGGGACAGGGACAGUGAAGAUUUAGCAGAUGAGUCACUGACAUUAAUGGGCUUGCAAUGCAGUGACACCGUAAUUCUACUGCAGAUGACACCCAGUGAAUCUAAAGAGCUGGAAGGUGUCCCGAACCAGUGUACCACUCCAAACAAUCUCAGUCCACUUCCAAUGCAGGUGUCACUUCCUGUAUUAACUGCACUGUCAGAACAGAAAGAAAUGCAGUUAUCCACUGAAGACAAGAAGGCAAUGUACACUACAGUAGCAUUGGAUGAUGCUGAAAGACAGACCUCUCCAGAGAUUUUGACAGUGCUCGUAAAACAGCCGGAAGAAUCAGAAAUCCACAUUCCCGCAAGACCUGUGACUGCUUCAGUUGCGUUCGACACUCUAGACCGGAGAGUGCCCGCAGAAGACAUUAAAGUAGAAAAUACCGACAGGCCUGUAACUGCAAAUGUAGAUGUCACACUGCUGAUGCUGAAAGACAAUAAUGAAGAACAGGAAAUUAGACCUUUAGAGGAGAUUCAAUCUUGUCAAAACCCAGUAAAAAAUACAGAAGCUGAGAAUCCAGUGGAAAGUGAAGCUCAGCUGACGACUGGAGAGAAUGAGCUCUCUGAAGCAGAAGAGUCGAGCCUGGUCAGGUCUCUUGGUUUGCAACAGAUAAGUCAGGGGUCUACCCAUGGAAGUUGCUCGGUAAAACUCCAGAGGGUCCAGAUACUUCAGAGACCCGGCUCAAGACGGUUCCAUGUUUGCAGCUAUUGCACUAAAAUCUUCAGGUUCAAGAAAACUCUAAGGAGGCAUAAACGCUUUCACACCGGCGAGAGACCACACUGCUGCUCGCUCUGCCCCAAGGCCUUUAUCCUGCGCAAGACACUCCGCAAACACAAGAAAGCACACUUCAGCAGACCGUACAGCUGCACUCAAUGUGACAAACGAUUCAAACACUGGAAAAAACUUCACAAUCAUUGGCGCUUCCAUGAUGGAGAGAGUCCAUUUGUGUGUUCCCGUUGUGGGAAACAUUGCAAGACACUGAAAAGCCUCGAUUGCCACCUGGCUUACGUUGAUCAUGACAACUCGCUAAUCAAUCAAGAGAACUAAUUUGUUACCAUACAAAAAAGGUGCCAAGCCCUUACGAUGACUUCAGACUGAUCACAUUCUUGCUUAAAAAAGGCUGGAUGCAUCAGAACAAAUUUAAGUUAAGGAUUUAAGUUAUUCUUAACUAGGCAACUAAAAAACAGUGCUCCUGCACGAGAAGCUAAAUAAACUACAAAGUGCAGCAAAAUGUUCAGAGACGUCCGUCUAGCACAUUUAUAUAGACCAGUAGUAGUUUUAUGUUGCAUUUCAUUCUGAAUGUUUACUUGAAUUCUUAAAACUGCUGUUAAAAACGUUUAAAGCUGUUAAAAAAGCACUGAAUUUUCUUUAUUUGUUCUAUUAUUUUUAAUAUAUUUCUAUUCAUUGCUGUUUUUUAUUGUUAUUUUAUUACUGACUCUUUACUAGUCUUGAAUAAUUAAGAACUUGAAACCAUUCUUCCAUAAUUAAAAUAUUAGUUAGUGUUAUUAUUUGUUGUGGUUUUGAAGCUGGUAUUGAGAAUCGUCAAAUUUCACGACCGACUACUUAAAUUUUGGUAUUGUGAUAAUGUAUAGCCUACAUUGUACAUGGUAGAUCCCACGUUUACUUUUAACUUAACAUUUGAGAAUAUAAACUAUGUAAAUCUAUUUUUAAAAUUAUUAUUUUUAUUUCAAAAUGGAACGCACUUUUUGUUAACAGCCAGGAAUGUUCUUUGCAAUAAUAUAACACCGUGUUGUUUGGCUUGUAUGUAUUCCUUGCGGCACCUUGUGGACCACGUAAAUUAAAAAAAUGUGGUGACUAAAAUUAUGUAGUCCGAAUGUUGGUAAUAUUGAAGAUAAAAAUGUGAAUUGUCCUGUUGACAGCCCUAAUGUGCAAUAUGAAU